AUGUUUUCAACAAGUUUUCGUCUUACAUCUUCUUACGACAAUCAUGACAGCUUAAAUUCACAAGAAAUUAAUGAAUCAAUUUUAAAUCAUUUAUUUCUUCCUCAUGGACUAUCAUCUUCGGCAUAUGCUGAUUAUUUAAUUCAAUCCAAUCAUCAAAAUGAAUACAAAAUACUCGAAUGUAUGAAUGAAUACUGGCAAUCUUUAGAUAGAAAGAAUGAACUACCAAUCUUAUCAAUCCUUAGAACAUGUACUGAACGUUGGUCGAUUAUACAGAAUACGAAAAAUUGUUCUGUUCCACUUUUACAAUCAAUUAUACGAAAGUUAUCACCAGGUGAUUUUCUUCCUCUCUAUUUCCAUGCUCAAAAUGCUGCAAUUUUAAUUGAAAUCGAUGAAAAUCCUCUCAAUCAACCAUUGAUCUCAUCUUGGCAAGUAUUAUUACCAACAGAAACUAUAACAUCAUCACUAGAACCGCAUCUUUCUUGUUUUCCUGUUCCUACAUUUCGCUUACCUGAUCAAUCUCAGCUAUUAUCUCGUGUCCAUUGUGAAUUACUUUUGGAGUUUAUGAACAAUACAAUUGAAUAUUCAAAAUCUUACAAGGCAUCUUACACAUUCGAUGAAACUCGAGAAGUGCCCAUAUCACAUUAUGUAUGCCAAUGGUGGAUCACACACUUUCAAGACGUUCAAAUCGACAACCAAGUCAAAACAUUCGUUUCGUUUAAGAAAAAACAUCGCGAUCAAAUUCGAUAUAAGAGUUCGGCAUAUCCUUUUCGGCGUUCUGGUUUAUGGAUGACUAUGAAAGUUGUUUUUCAAAGUAUUCUAACAAAACGUUUAGGAAAGAUUGGUACUAUCGUUUAUAAAUUACUUAUUACGGAUUUUUUAACUUAUUUUAUUUCUACAAGAGAAAAACUAAUAAAUUCUCGUAUAUCGACUGAUCUUCUUGUACAUUGUCUUCGAAAGAUUGUACGACGAUUGAAUAAAAUUGAAGUUUUGUCAUCAUCGAGUGAUUUGAACGAUGUGGAUCCAUGGAUGGAAAAUAUACGAGAAGAAAUUAAACAGAAAAUUGAUCGUAUUACUCCAAAUUUCGAUAGGCAAAAAUCCAUCGAGAAAAAUCAAAAACAAAAUAUACCAAAAUUUCAAUUAAAUCCAGAUCAACAAGCAAUCUAUCAACAUUCAUGUCACAAAUUGAAAGCUUAUCUUAAUAAGAAUCAUUAUAAUACUUCAAAAAGACAAUUCUAUGAUAGUUAUGAUUAUAAUCAUUCGACAUUGACUAGUGUUGCUUAUGAAGGCGAUGAAUUGCCUCAACUUUCGGUCUUAACCAAUCACGAUGAUGAUGCUAUGGGCAUAGCGUUGACACGUAUUGAAAUUUGGGUACAAUCCUGUUUAGAACAAUGGAUCAAUCGCUCAUUACUAUCGAAAAAUGGAUACAAAUUUUUUGAAAAUUUACAAUCCUUUUACGAAGAUUAUCAACGUGCAGCUUUAGAUUUUUAUUAUUCGAACAAUCAAUCCACUGAUUCAAUUGGUUACAGUCGUUUUAUUUUAACAUCAUUGACAAUAAUACGUUUGAUGCAUAUAAAACUAUGUGAAGAUACGAGAUUCGAACGAUUAAAAGUACAUGCCAUUCGAAUUCCUCAUCUUUUGAAUCUAUUCGAAUUUUUAAUCUUACCCAAUCGAGACAAUAUGAUUCUAGCUCGAGAUUUGUAUGAUUAUUUUCUAGAAUUCAAUGAGAAACGAUAUCCCGAUCUCUUAAGUGAUAUCGAUUCACAAAGUGCUUUUGGUGUUCAUUUUGCUGAACAAUCAGUAGAAAUCAAUGAAAAUCUACAAAAGAUUCAAGAACAAAUUGAACAAGAUAAGAGAGAUAAAAUCGAAGAAAUAAACAAUGCAAAAGAAAAAUAUGAAGAACUGAUGAAAAAAGUCAAUGAUCUUAAAUGUGAAUGUGAAUCGAAUAUUUAUUAUCCAUACCAAAAAUGUGAUCGAUGUACUAUCAUAAAAGAAGCGGAUAAUAUCAAAGUGAAUAUUUACGAAUGUCCAAUACCAUCUGAACGAAGAAGUGCUUUAGCUGUUAUGUUUGAAUUACAAAUGCCGAAUGAAAUUCGAUGUUAUCGAGAUAUACUUUGGCAAUUUGUUAAUCGUCCGAAACCAAAUCCUUCGAAUAAUAUGCAUGAAUGGUUAAGAACUCGUCCGCAUCAAAGUAAACUGGGACAAUAUUUCAAAGGUUCACAUAAUUGUAAAGUAAAAUUGGUAUCUACAACUAAAUCGAUAACAGAAAGUCAUUAUUCAACUGCACGGCAAAUCAAAUCAACACCUCUAGAAGACUAUUUUUAUGAUAAUGGUCUACAAGUUCAAAUAUCUCCAACUAAAAUAAAUGAGUUUCAAGAUGAAUGUCGAACAUUAACACCAGAACUAACAGAUUCAAAUUACAAAGAUUUACAAUUUUCUAUUGAUAACACAGAAUUCACACAAAAUCGAGUCAUAGCUGAAUUAUCAAAGUGCUCACUGAAAUUAAAGUCAACAGAGUUUGUUGAAUUUGGUUCAUUUCGUUCUGGUCAUCGUUUACAAUGGUGGAAUCUUUUAAGUAUUCUUGAAUUAGAUUCAUUAUCAAUGGAUGAAGAAAGUGUUGUUAUACUCAUAACACAUGCACUUUUACAAUAUGGUCCAGUAACAAAAGAUCGAAAAUCAUUGAUUUGUUCAUGGUGUCCAGAAUCACAUCAAAAAUUAUUAGAAGAUCAUUUUGUUGACGAAUUAAUUAUGAGAUUGGAGCGUCAUUUAAAAGAUUGUGAAUGUAAUUGGCAAAAUGAAUUGAUGUUAGUAAUUAUAACAGUGAUUGUCAUGAGAGUAUUCACUAUAUGUAAUUCAACACGAAAAGAUCAAAUGACUAAUUUAGUUUUAAAAUGUCGUAAAACAGCUGAAAAAUGGAUUCAACUCAUUUCGAAAAAUAUUCAAAAUCCAUCUUUACCUGAUUCUGAUAAAAUAAAUGCAUCACGUGGCAAAAUGGUCAUGAUUGGUAUAACGUAUCUGCUGACAUAUUCAAUAUACACAGAUAGCAGUAAUAUUUUAGUAUUAACAAAUCAAGACGUUAUUUCCUUAUUGACAAUAGCAACAACUAUUCAUGACAAUAAUAUUUUAAAUAAGAAAACAAUCCAUAUGCGUGUAUUUAUGAGAAAUUUGAUGCGUUACAGUGAAUACCUUUUAUUAUCGAUUCAUCCAAUCAUAAGCAAACUCCUUGAAGAAAGUUCCUACGAAAGUUUAAAUGAAUUUUGUGCUAUUCAUUGGGCAGUAGUACGAACUAAAGGUACAAUGAAUGGUAAGUGGAAGAAAAGAAACAAAGAUAUAUAUGAUGGUUGGUAUGAUGGUGAAUAUGAAUCGAGCAAGAUAUCGAUUGAUUGUUUAAGAGGAAGAUUUUUUGUCAAUAAGAUGACAAUUGGUUUUUUACCGGAUAGAAUAACUUCGGACGAGUUAUUUCGUCGUAUAUUUGGUCAACAUAUUUUUGAAGUACAAGCAGCUGAAUCAGAAGAUAGUUAUAUUACAAAACAUGGAUAUCAUACUGAUGGAAAUGUUCACUAUGAAUUCACUUAUGAUAAUGGAUAUUAUGGAAGCCGGCAAUUGAUAGUCUAUGAACAAUACUUCGUCCGUCUCGACGAUGAGCCUUAUGUAUACAUGUUAAGAGAAAAUGAUGUUAUUCAUAUUCAUCUACCUCGAUUAGGCAUCGCUUUUCGAUACAACACACGUGACAAUAUAAUAACCUCUCGUGAAUAUUCCGAUAUGUAUAUCGAUGAAAAUCAAUGGUUCGGAACAUUGACAGGUUUGACAUCGGGUCUUAUUCUUUCACCAAUAGCAGUAAUUAAUGAAACAAAUAAACAUUAUUCAUGUCGAAAAUUAAUCGUUCCUUUUGGACAAGUUCAAGCAAUCAAGAAAUCCGAUCACAAUCAUCAAAUUGUGACUAUAGAACGAAAAUCUACAUCAACGUCAUUUCUUCAUCAAUAUUUUGUUUUUGUUUUGAAUGAUCGAUUACGUAUUCUUCAACCGACUGAUAGUCCAACAGGUUGGCUCUAUUUAGCAUUGUUACAUGCAAUGACAUCGCAUCCUUUACUCGACCAAUAUACAGGAAUGACUGGUAUGGAACGUUCUUUUCAAUUAUUGCAUUCGGCAGGCUGUUGGUCUGAUCAACCUUAUGAUUCAAUUACUCGAAAUAUUCUUCUUCAAAUUGCAACUAUUUCUCCCAAAGUAAAUUUUUAUCCAGAACAUCUCACGUUAAAAAAACUAAUUGAGACAAGUGAAGAAUGGAAUUUCGUGCAUUCAUCAUCCACCUCAGAUGAUGAAAUACAAAAACUCUUUCAAAGUAAAAAAUAUAAUGAAAAAUUAUUAGCUAAACUCUAUUGGGACUAUCGAGAUUCGUACAAUCCUACAGCUCGAUUAUCUGCACAGAUGGAAAAAGAGAUUCGUUGCGCAAACUCGACAAAUUCAUAUGAACCGAUCUGGGAAAAUUGUUAUUCACAUUCAACAAACUACAGUCCUCUUCGCCUUGUAGAUCAUUUAUAUAGUAGUGGAGAUGUAAAUUUGAAAAAUAGUGAAGAACUCAGAUGUUUUCCUUUAUCUCGAUGGCUUAAAGAUGAAUAUCAACUUAAAAAUAUUUGGAUUGGUUUGUUUAAAUUCGUCGAACAGCUCAAGACGGUCGAAAGUGAUCAUAAAAAUGAUGAUAUUGAACGAUUUGAAAUGUUACUAGAUUUUCUACAUUACAUUUCCGGUAAAUGUUCGACCAAACCAUUUUACUUGCAGAUGCUUAAAUCCAUAUUGAAAGCACCAAAUUUACCAUCGGGAUCUAUUUCAUACCCUGAAUUUACUCGAUACGAACAUAUUCAGGAAAUUACAUU